AUGCUUAGAAGUUGUAGGAAAGCAGACAAAACACAGUUGUGCGCCGAUGGUACAAGAGGUGAAGAUACGUGUCAAGGCGACAGCGGUGAUCCUCUGAUGAUUAAACGUCGAAAUGAAAAGGAAUUUGUAUUUGAAAUUCUUGGUAUAGUAUCGUUUGGUAUGAAAGGAUAUGCAAAGAAGAAUGAACCAGAAAUUUAUACACGUGUAACUGGAUAUCAUAAAUGA